CAGCUGCAGGUGUGCGAGGCCAUUUCUUAGCACGAUGUACACAGCACAUACCAACCCCCUCAACCAGGUGCGGAGCCCACGGUUGGCCAGUGCAUCCCACGGCACCGUCGACCAGUCUGUCUCUGCGCAGUCGACCAGAAGGUUAGAGUGAGGACAAGAAAGCCAGAAGAUGCAUGCAGGCAGACAGCCACACCUAUUCUUUGCCUCCCUCUCAUCGUGUAUAUGCAGGUGGUGUCGUGACCGAGCCAUUCCGGCCGCUGUGGCCGAGCAAUCAGCUGCAUCCCGCCCUCCGGCGGCGUUCUUCUCCAUCCUCAACGGCCAUCAGAAACCCAGGUGGGAGGGUGGGGACACUGCCCACGUGCCAUCUAUCACUCGACCAUGGCCAUGGCCGUGUCCAUUCACCCCCGUAUCAGAUAAGAAGGAGGGGCAGAAGGAGGGGUGAUGUGCUUUUGUGCCAGAUGCCAAGAUGGUGGUGGAGCCUUCGCCUGCAGCAGCUGCAACGGCCGCGCCACCGUCUCUGGUGAGCGACACUCAUUGACACCCAUCCAUUCAUCCGUACCCAAAUACAUGCCCCUGUCUGUGUUUCCUCCAGCUGAUCGUGAAGGAGAGUUGGGGCUAGUCGUCAGCGUCUUCAUAGCGCUCGACGAGCAUACUGCGAUCGAUCGGUACAACGAGUGGCUGGUCCAGGGAGGGCCUCCGGUCAGCAAGCAUGCACCUUGUUGGCCAUCAGCAUACCAGCUGCUCCCAGUGGGCCUAGCCGCUGCGCGAGCAGAGCCCACGUCGCCGGGAGGAGACCCAGUGGGCUGAAGGAACAGCAGACGGCUUGGUUUCUCUUCAACUCGAUGGUGAGUGCGAAAACUUACCGUCUGCUGGCCAGUGUUGUUGGCCGAUGGCUGGGGAUCUGUCACGGGAUUGCCUGAAUAAGCAACAGUAAGCAACAGCACAUACAGACGCUCUCUUUGUGUCCAGCCCCCCUCUGUGCUGAUGCUCACGAAAGGUUAUGAAGCCUCUCUUCCUCUGGUUGUACAGGGUCUGCACGUCCUGAGGGGUGAGCACACUGGUGUCCAUCAUAGUCAUGCAGAUCUCGAAACGCUCGAAAAAGGCCUCACUGCCAGUGAGCACCCACGGCUCCUCCGGCCACGCCCCCGCCGCCUUCUCGGCCAGCAGAUGCUCCAUGAAGGGGCAUGACGGCAAAUACAGGCGCUCACAGAUGUAGAAUGGACAGCAAAACCAGGGAGCUUUCUGACCCUUCAGCACCUUCAGCUUAAAGUAGACGACUUCUACUUCCUCCUAUCUCAGAAUUUAG